AUACAAUUAUUCCUUCCGGUCCGGGCUCUGGCAUCUCCAAGCUAUAUAUUUCCUUCCUGCCAACCUCCCUAUCCCAACCUCAUUCAUACAAACUCAAGCUAUAGCAACAUAGAUAUAUGCCCUGCCUAAUCUCUGCUACCUAGAUACCUGCCUUAUACUUUCUCUCCUUCUCCACUAUCUUGCUAGCUCAAUUUGGUGCUGUACUGGAAGCGACAUCCAUAGAUUUCUAAGCCAUAUCUAUCCAUAGAUUGUAGAGAGAGUUUAGCAGGAGGAGGGUUCAUAGAGAAGAUAGUGCAUAGAUAUUUCCAUGGGGCUGCGGGACAUCGAGAUGACGCUGCCGCCGGGGUUCCGGUUCUACCCGAGCGACGAGGAGCUGGUGUGCCACUACCUGCUCAGCAAGGUGGCCAACCAGCGCCUCUCCGGAGGAGCCGCCGGGACCAUGGUGGAGGUCGAUCUGCACGUCCACGAGCCAUGGGAGCUGCCAGACGUGGCGAAGCUGACCACGAACGAGUGGUACUUCUUCAGCUUCCGUGACCGCAAGUAUACGACGGGGCUCCGCACCAACCGCGCCACCAGGUCCGGCUACUGGAAGGCCACCGGCAAGGACCGCGUCAUCCGCAGCCUGAGGUCGUCCUCUUCCCGCUCCGGUCAUGACGCCAUUGUCGGCAUGCGCAAGACCCUCGUCUUCUACCGCGGCCGCGCCCCCAACGGCAUCAAGACCUGCUGGGUCAUGCACGAGUUCCGUAUCGAGAACCCUCACUCCCCACCCAAGGAGGACUGGGUGCUGUGCAGAGUUUUCCACCAGAAGAAAGCCGACACGGAGUACGCCAUGGACGGCAAGCAGGAGCCCGGCGGCGGCGGCGUGGCUCACAAGGCUGCUGCCGUGAGCGGAUCCAACUACGUAAGCUCCUCGUCCUGCUACGAUCCGGAUCAGUAUCAGCACUCGCCUUCCGCGCCGUUCCCUUCCCUUGGCGCUGGCGGCCACCAUUACCAGAUCACGUCCUGUGAUCAUCACCACCCCGACGGUGCAGCAGGCGUCUUGCACAGCAAUGUGGACGCUUUCGCCGGCAUGCCGCAGCUGCUGAGCUACGAAACUACCCUCGACUUCAGCCAGCUACUCCAGGGCGGCGGCAGUGCAGCGGCGGGUUUGAGAGACGGCGCCGAUGAUCAGUGUGGCGGGGCGCUGAUGGAUCUAGGGCUGCAGGUGCAGGAGGCGCACUACAACUACAACAGCUUGAUGUAGAUGUAUAUAUAUGAUGUAGAUCGGUGGGUGAUGCAUGCCGCUAUACGUUAGUUGACACAAAUCGGUACGUUGACUCGUGUGCAACAAAUCAUAAGACCGGGGAAGUAGACAAGCUGAUCAUUGACCGGUACACCGGCUACGAUAAGACGCACACCCAACGGUACAGGUAUGGACAUUUGUUACAUAGUAUAUACGAAGCGCCACUCUUCAUACCGAUCUAAUAAACUUCAUCAUCUUUCUCGCAAAAAGAGAACUUCAUCUAAAAAAAUGAUCUGUAUAUUUCUGCUGCCAAGAAGAACUUAUUUCCUCUUGAAAGCUU